AAACCACCCUUCCUCUUUAUCUUCGACCUCAAUGAUCUCUGGUACACGAGCUUGAAUGAUCUGAUCUCGAGUUCCGAUGGCUUUGGUUCGUUGUUUUUUUCACCACUUACAAUCACAGGCAGGUUUCUCUUGUUGGAAAUGGAUUCUUCAAACAUAGCCAUUCGAAAUGAGCUCGUGAAAAGAGCAGCUUCGAUGCGUCUUCAGUCUUCUACGAUUGUAUCUGCUACUGACACCAACUGGUUUAAGAAUUUCUGUUUGAAGGCAAAGCAUCAGGCGGCUGCUUGUCUCAGACCGGUCUACCGGAUUCUAACGUUUGGUUUUAGCUAAGAGAUGUAAU